ACAGAACUUACAACAACAACCACCAUGGCAAUCAUACCAGGCAUACUUCCUCCCUCACUAGAGAAUUGGCAGUUGAUUGAAUGGGCAUGGCGUUUCUUCCCUUUGUUCACUGCGGUGCAGUGGCUCACCGACUGGUAUCCCCAAGGCAAGACAUCGAGUAGCUCUCGCCUCAACAUUCCAGGCAAAUGGGCAUGGUUUACCAUGGAAGCUCCGGGCUUCAUCAUACUACUCUACAUCAUGUUUACAUUACCAACAAAGCUGGGCAUCGCUGAACUACCCUGGGGAAACUGGGCCAUGGCCGGGAUGUUUACAAUCCACUACCUCUACCGCGCCAUCGCUGCCCCCCUCUUCCUCAACCCCAGCAUGUCCCCCAUCCACCUGCUCGUCUGGUUCUUCGCUCUCGCGUGGCAGUUCGCCAACGCCAUUUCGCUGGGCGGCUGGCUCGCAGGCUACGGCCCCAUCACCGCAUACGACUGGAAAGGCCAGCUAUACCUGGCAGAGAUCGGAAUGAUCAUCUGGGGCUGGUCCCUGCUCGGCAACAUCUACCACGAUGACGAUCUGCGCGAGAUCAGACGCGCUGCCGCGCGGCGCCAGAAGCGCGAGGCGGAAAAGUCUGGCCAACCUGAAGAGGGCGUCGAUAAGGUGUAUAUGCUGCCGAAGAACGGUUUGUUCCAGUUCGUGCUGUAUGCGCACUAUUUCUGUGAGUGGAUGGAGUGGGCGGGCUUCUGGAUGGUGGGAGGUUGGAAUUGCACGCCUGCUAGGAGCUUCUUGUUGAAUGAGAUUGCGACGAUGCUGCCUAGAGCCUUGCAAGGCAGAAGAUGGUAUGUGGAGAAAUUUGGGGCCGACAAGGUGGGUAAUAGAAAGGCGGUCAUCCCUGGACUGUUGUAGGGGGUAAGGGGAAUAAUGUUGACAAGACACAAAAUGGUCCAGCCAUAAGUUGAAAGCCAUGAUAAGAGAAGCAUAAUGUAUUAACGAAACG